UUAAUUUCUCCUCUCCUUUUAUUUUCUUCCCAAGUCUUACAAAUACCCCCAUGGUCUAAUCAGAAAACCCAAAUACACCACACCAUUCCCCUCUGAUGAGUGUGAAUUUUUUCUUUUGUUUCUCCCUAUUCUUUGUUGUCUUGCAUAGCCAUUGAUAUUCUUCAAAGACUAAUAAAAUUCAGAUCCAUUGAAUAACCUUAGCCUGUGUCAUGGAGAAACUACUAGAAAUGAGAAACAAGUUCUUCAAGUUUCUGCCAAAUCAACCCGUGGCUUUUCAAAAUCCACCACAAUUGAGUCCUAACCGAUGUGUUGCCCCAAAAGGGUAUCGAUCACCAUGUAGGGUUUCAAUUAUUCCCCUGGAAGCUCGAAGAAAGCAUAGAAAAAAUGGAAGCUUCAGCGUGCGAGAGCCCUCGUCUCCUAAGGUGUCUUGCAUGGGUCAAGUGGAGGGUAAGAAGAAGGGAAAGGCGCCUCAUAAAAGGGUUCAGAACCCUCCUGCAAACAAGGGUGACUCUGUUCUCCGUCGUGCAAAGAAGGUUAUGCUUUGUAGGGGAAAUGGUGACUGUAAGGUUUUGAAACAAAAGAAGGAGGAAGAGGUGCCACCGGCAAAGUUAGCCCCAUCAUUGGGUGCAAUGAAGAAAUUUGCAGGUGGUAGAAGAUCAGCUUUUGAUUUUGAUGGUGCCCUUGUGGAAAGGUGAUCAAUUUGCGGAAAUAAAAUUCAAUAUUUGCAAUUAUUAAAAUAGAUUGCUUAAUUGUUAUGGAAAUAUAUGUAUCGAGGGUAAAUCGUUAAUGUGGUAGUAUUAAUUUGUAAUUUGAUGAGGGUAGGGUCAUAUGAUGAUUCAUGUAUUAUCGAAACCUUCUAUAUUAAUCUUAUUUAAAAUCGUGUCUUUAUUUCCAUCAAUAAAAUUGUUUAAUGACAAUUAAAAAU